AUGGAUAAUGACAAUGGAGAAGGAGUUGUACAAACCAUAUAUCCACUAUUUUCUCAGAAUGGUGUUUGCAUUGAUUACAUAGAAAUAAUCUCUCAGAUAACUUUCCUCUCUGAAGUUAUGGACAUUUUUGAAUAUGGGGCAAAAUUACGUGAUAAAGUUAUGAAAAGUAAAGCCAAUGUAGUGGUUGCCUAUGGAGAAUCAUAUUCCGUGACGCUGUUCAGAUUUUUGCCAUAUUUAUCAGAAGUAGAACAAAUGACUGGCCACAGCUAUAGCAUCUACAAUGCUGUCUAUGCAGUGGCCCAUGCUUUACAUGUCAUGUCCUCAUCUGGAGUCAGACACAGGACAAUGAUGCAUAGAGGAGAACAGAAGCUUCAGAAUCAACAGUCAUGGCAGGGACGGCCUCUUUCUCUGUGUACUGAAAGUUGCUAUCCUGGUUCUAGCAAGAAAGUGAAGGAAGGGAAGCCAUUUUGCUGCUACGAUUGCAUCCCAUGCCCAGAAGGGAAGAUUUCAGACCAGAAAGAUAUGAAUGACUGCCAUAAAUGCACAGAUGAAACCUAUCCAAAUGAAAACAGGGAUACCUGCAUUCCUAAGGAGAUCAGUUUUCUGUUAUAUGAAGAACCUCUGGGACUCAGUUUAGCCUGUUUUGCACUUUCCUUAUCUUUGGCCACAGCUCUAGUACUAGGAACAUUUAUGAGGCACCACAACACUCCUAUUGUCAAAGCCAACAACUGGAGCCUCACCUACACUCUCCUCAUCUCCCUCCUGCUCUGCUUCCUUUCUGCAUUCCUUUUCAUUGGCCAGCCUGAUAAGGUGACAUGUCUCUUUCAACAAACUGCUUUUGGGAUCAUCUUCUCAGUGGCUGUUUCUUGUGUGCUGGCCAAAACUAUCACGGUGGUUCUGGCUUUCAUGCCCACCAGACCAGGAAGCAGAAUAAGGAAAUGGGUGGGGAAAGGACUGGCCAGCUGCAUUGUGUAUUCCUGCUCCCUUAUUCAAGUAGGCAUUUGUGCAGUGUGGUUGGCAACCUCUCCCCCAUUCUUAGAUGUAGACAUGCACUCAGUGUUUGACAAAAUUGUGCUGGAAUGUAAGGAGGGCUCUGUGACUAUGUUCUAUUCUGUUCUGGGGUACUUGGGCUUCCUGGCCAUUGUCAGUUUCACUGUGGCAUUUUUUGCCAGGAAGCUACCUGACAGUUUCAAUGAAGCCAAAUUUAUCACUUUCAGCAAGUUGGUCUUUUGCAGUGUUUGGAUGUCUUUUGUUCCAACUUACUUGAGCUCCAAGGGGAAAUACAUGGUGGCUGUAGAGGUGUUCUCUAUAUUAAUCUCCAGUGCUGGCUUGCUGGGCUGCAUCUUUCCCCCCAAAUGUUACAUUUUGUUGUUGAGGCCUGAGCUGAACAGCAGGGAACAGCUCAUAAGGAAAAAGGAUUUGAGAAUGUAA